UAUUCCACUUUAAAAAAAAAUAUUACAUUUAUAUUAAAUAUUCAAAUAGUAAUUUAUUUGACAUUGUCAGUAGAUGGCAGUGGAGAAGUAAAGCAUUGAUCGCCACGCGCUGGAGAUCAGCAGAGAAGAGCGCGCGCGCAGUUAUGGCAGGGUCACAAUCAAACUGGAGGCCACCACGUUCAUGUGACGUCUACUGGUGUGAAUUCAAGCAUUGCAAGAGUUUAUUCAACAGAUUCCAUGAAUACUACACCUACGGCAGAGCGCCGGACUGCCAACAGUGGAAAGAAGACUAUUACACCUGCAAAGAGUGGGAGAAAAACCACAGCACACAGGCCAAGGAAUCCCUCCAGGAGAGCGAGAGGAAGCGAGUUGCCGAGCAGAGGAAGUUCACUCCGGUCUGGGAGCUUCGACAGACGCCUCCGGCUGAUUGGCACAUGCCGCUCAACCAGGGCAAACCACAGGACUCAUAAAGGACUAUUUAAGACACGAGAAAGUACUUGAGUUGCUGGGAAUCUCCUCACACUACCUCUCCAGGACUGAUGCACUUCUGUUCCAGUGCAGAUCUGAUUUUCCUGAUGUUUAGUGCAAGGCAUCCUAAAAAUCCUGAUCAACCUGAAUAUCGAAUUAAUAAAGUGAACACCUGAAGUAUAAGCAUUUGACGACCCUAGUGAAAAAUAAAUAUACUUUGGAGAUGCAUUUAUUUCAUGCUAGGUAAACUACAAAUACAUAAACAUACUUAUGUGCUUAAUAAAAUACAGUGCAAUUGUACUAUUAGUGUAAUAAACUGGUAUACAGUCUGCUAAACUAGAACUAAUGGUGUGCUUAAUGCACUUUAAUUGUAGAGCUGAAGCCCAAUUAAAGAUAUACUGAAGUAUAUUUGAUUGUGAUUAAAGUGGAACUAUUGCAAGAGUACUUUAAAUCUCUUGCAUUUAAAGACCUAUAUAAUUAUUGAAAGACCAUGCAAUCAUCAUUAGACACACAUUAAAGGUUUAAUAUUAAGAAAUGGACAUUGUGCACAAGUAGUUCUUCAAAUAAAGUUAAAUUGUAAUUUUUAAAAUCUUGAGCGCUACAGAUUUGAACUAUACUUAGUGUGAAAUAAAUGCAUUUUAGACAUACAACUUUUUGCUAAGGUCACUAUAACACAAAAACUUCUACUUCUGCUUAUUUUCCAUUUUAAAUAUCACAAAGCUACAUCUGUUAAUCAAAAGGUAUUUCAGUUCUGUACAUGUGUUAAUGAAAGCAAACAUGCAAUGAUAAAAGCUUUUGUGGAUGUUUUAA